UCACUCUAUGCUGGGCUCCUCAACUCUUCAUCAUCAGCCCCCUGGUCCCCUUUUAUUUUAACUUCACUGCGCAAGACUUCGCGCCGUCCCGUCAAGUCUUCCUUCGCCGCCUCCUACCCCCCCCUUAACGACCACACCCCGAUCACCCUCCGCGAGAUCCAAAUCCGCUUCUUCCUCUCCAUCUACUGGAUCUGGAUCGCUUACCUCAUGCUCGACCUCUGCAAAGGCCCUUCUCUCCAUCCUCUUCAGCGUGAUCCUCCGCCUCGACACCCCCAACGAAUGGCAACCCCUUUUCGGCAGCCCUCUCCAAGCAUACAGCAUCCGCCGGUUCUAGACGAAGUUCUGGCACCGCCUCACAUUACCCGCCGUCUCGUUGGCAUGAUCCCCGAAUCUCGAAGCGAGAAGAUCUUUAUCGCAUUCUGGACGUUCUUGCUUUCGGGGCUGUGCCAUGUGGUUGCCGAUUGGCAGGCUGGCGAGCCAUGUCAUCCGUACGAUGAUCUGCUAUUCUUCGUAGCGAAUUUCGUGGCCGGCGCCGUGGAGCUGCUUGUGACGCGGAGGCUGGCGCUCGUAAAGAGGAGACGUCGUGCGGAUGAUGAUAGGGUUAAUUGGUUGGUUUGGUCGAAUACGAUCAAAGCGGUCGUGGGGUAUGUUUGGGUUUUGGGGUUCUUUUUCUGUAUCACUCCCAAAUGGCAGUACCCCAAACUUCUUGCAGUUCUGACGUAG